UACGCGCGGCGGCCGACAGGAUGAGUGUGCUGAUCGUCAGUGACGAAAAUGCGGCUGGUGACAAAAGAACAGAAAACUGCGACUUCCUGUUUUCCCCGCCGGAACUCAGCGGGAGGUCGCCUGUCCUCCGGCCGUCACAGAGAGAAAACGUGCUGCCCAGGAGCACCGCCCGGGCUAUGAAGGUGACCUUCCAGACGCCUCUGCGGGAUCCACAGACACACAGGAUUUUAAGUCCUAGUGUGAGCGGCAAACUUGACCCUUGUUUUGCUCUGGGUGACAACAUUGGAUUAGAAAACUCUCACCAAGUCUGGACCCAGAAAGAGAACCAACUGUUCACCAAGGAAGCCGACGCCAACACGGCAGAUGCAGCGGAUAGAACCCCGCAGCGCCCAGCGGUGGCAGACGCCCACAUGCCCCCAGAGGGCGUGAGACCGGCCUCCGAGGACAGGCCCACCUCCGCCCCCCAGACGACCCCGGGCUGUCCUCAGGGCCCUGUGAGUCUUGGGAACCAGAUGGCAUCUCCACAGGGUGCACCUCGCAGCCCGGGGCAAGGCUCGGAGGGAGACGCCGGCUCUCACUCCCUGGAGAAAACCAUCACACCUACCUUCGAAGUUCUAGAAGAUCCCGCCAGGAUCACAUCCCCGCACAGAACAGAAGACCCUCACGGAACCACGGGAAGAAGCUUGAACGAACCCCUUGCUUCCUCGGCUAAGGCCACUUUGCUCCCUGGGGCUCACCCUGAAGUGGCCCUGGGAGAAGACCCCCUUGCAGACCUGCCUGGGGCCCCAGCCAGCCCUGAGGACACCUCUGGUCCUGAGGACACCGCCCUGGCGGGCCCUCUGCAGGCUGGAGGGGCCACGGCCCUGAGUCCUCGGAAGGAAGAGGCCAGUGGCCACGCAACCGACUCUUUAAGGAAUGGGCCCGUAAGGCUAGAGUUUGACUUUUCUGAUGAUGCCCCCGGCAGAAGGCCACCUCCACCAAGGAAGCUGGGGAAGAGACCGGAGGCGCAGCAGGAGAAGGCCCCCACGGAGGCAGACUGGGGUCCCGUUCCUCCUCAGGGCUCCUACGACCUGGACUGGGACAAGCUGGGGGACCCAGCCUUCAGCCCGUUCGGCGGUGGUGGAGAGGCCUGGCCCCCGGAGUGUCCCCAGGGCAGGCCGGCGGGGCCCGCGACCUCAGGGGACUCCCCUCCCAGCCAGCAGGUGCCUCCAGCCUCAGCAGAGGGCACCCUCGAGAUGCGGACAGCGGCGGCGGGGUCCUUGGGAGCGCCAGGCAAGGAGGCCACCGUGACUGCCCCGGGGGCCGCGGCGCCCCCCUGCCCUCCAGGCCCCGAGCCCACGGCACCGCCCGCGAGCCCAGCGCCCCCUGCCCUGCAGGGCCUGGAGCCCGCCUCCGACCUGAGCGAGGAGCACUUCCGGGACCCGGCCGAGGUCCUAGGCCCGGGGGCCGACGUGGACUACCUCGCGCAGUUCGGGACGUCCCUGUUUAAGGAGUCAGCCCUGAGGAAGCAGUCCUUGUACCUCAAGUUUGACCCGCUCCUGAAGGACAGCCCGCAAAGACCGGCCCCCGAGGCCCCCGAGACGGGCAGUUCCAGUGCGCAGGCCGCCGACGCGCUGCCCUCGGGAAGCCCGCCUGAGGCCAGGCUGCUGGACCUCGACUUCCCAGGAGCCCCGGACCUGCCUGUGCUGGGCCCCCCUCCAUGUGUCCUCGGGCCCGGGGCGCCCAUCGUGGACGUGCUGCAGUACAGCCAGCGGGACCUGGAUGCGGCGGUGGAGGCGGCACAGAGGGAGACCCUGCAGCUGAGGAGCCAGUGCCAGGAGCUGCAGGAGAAGAACCUGGAGAUGGGGAAGGUCAUGGACGGGUUCGAGAGCAUCGUCUACCAGGCAAUGGAGGAGGCUCAGAAACAGAAGGAACUUGCCAAAGCUGAGAUUCAAAAGGUUCUGAAAGAGAAAGAGCAGCUGGCCGCGGACCUGAGCUCCAUGGAGAAGUCCUUCUCCGACCUCUUCAAGCGGUUCGAGAAGCAGAAGGAGGUGAUCGAGGGCUACCGCACGAACGAGGAGUCCCUGAAGAAGUGUGUUGAGGACUACAUCGCCAGAAUCGAGAAGGAGGGCCAGCGGUACCAAGCGCUGAAGGCCCACGCAGAGGAGAAACUGCGGCUGGCCAGCGAGGAGAUCGCCCAGGUCCGGAGCAAGGCGCAGGCGGAGGCCCUGGCCUUCCAGGCGAGCCUGAGGAAGGAGCAGAUGCGGGUGCACUCGCUGGAGAAGGCCGUGGAGCAGAAGACUAAAGAGAAUGACGAACUGACCCGCAUCUGCGAUGACCUCAUUUCCAAGAUGGAGAAGAUCUGA